UUUGUUUUUGAGAUGAAGUCAUGAACCAGUUGCGAGUUGGAGAUGACAACUAGUAACAUGAAGAAAUGAAUCAGACGGCCCAAAGUAGACAAUAACCACACGUGGGAGCCGCCGCAAGUUAGCGUAUUUGUGUUGAACGAGAGAGAAAAAUUGGUAAUCCUAAAAAAUCACCCUAACCUAAUCAUAAUCAUAUCAUCAUAAAACAAAAAUCUAGGACUCUGCGAUGAAGAAGGACAGAGUCUGGUUUUGUUUGUUUUACUUUUAGUUAGUUAAACACGACAACAACUACAACACAAAUACGUUAUCGUGUUUGUGUUUGUGCAUUAUUAUAACUCCUCUUCUCCAACAAUCUUCAUUCUUUUUAGAUUCCAUUACCGCUUUUUCCCAAUUUCAAGGACAGAUAAACUUCGAGAGCCAUGCCUUCUUCAUCUUCACCUGUUCUUCCCAGUCUUAUGGAAAGCAAUUAUAUGAAACCCCCAGAUUCUUUCAAUUGUUCACCUGUCAGGAGUCUGACAGCAAAUCCUGCCUCAUUGCAAGCUACAUCGUCGUAUCCGAUCAGAAGUGUUCGACCGGUGUUUUCAACCAAUGCUGAAUGUCCUGGUGGUGUCCCUUUCCCCCCCGUUUCACAACAUGAUAGGCAAUAUCAAGAUUCUCCCUUCACUUCUCAGGCAUUAGGUGACAAUGUGUCUUCGGAAAUCCACUCAGCAACAUUCACUUCUCACCUUCAAGAAAAUGAUGAUAUAUCGUGGGGCCCAGAUCCAUUGCCGGAUAUUCUUGGUUUUCCUGAUAUUUUUUCUGUCCAGCAUGAUCAGGUGGAAAACAGUGCUUGUUACAUGAAUGAAGACAAUGUCAAAAAAACUGAUUUUGGGGAGUGGGUUGAACAGCUAAUGACAAGUGAUGAUUCUGUUAAUCCAAAUUGGAGUCAGCUUCUUGGUGAUGACAAUGUUGUUGAACCAACACAAAAGGCGAUGCAUGUUUCUCAGAAGCAGCAUACAUCAUCUGGAGAAGUCAACAAUCUUUGUAAUCCUGCUUCAGCUUCAGCAUCAGCAUCAACUGCAUCUCAAACUAAGCCUAGAAUGCGUUGGAGUCCAGAACUUCACGAAGCUUUUGUGGAAGCAGUCAACCAGCUUGGUGGUAGCGAGAAGGCUACUCCAAAAGGUGUCUUGAAUCUAAUGAAUGUUGAGGGCCUUACUAUCUACCAUGUAAAAAGCCACCUCCAGAAGUAUAGAACUGCCAGAUACAAACCUGAGUCACCAGAAGAAACUUCUGAGAAAAAGAUGAGUUCAAUUGAGGAAAUGAAAUCUCUAGACUUGAAAACGAGUAAGGGAAUCACUGAAGCAUUACGGUUGCAGAUGGAACUCCAGAAGCGGCUUCACGAACAACUUGAGAUUCAAAGGAAGUUGCAGAUUCAAAUUGAAAACCAAGGGAAACAUCUUGAGAUGAUGUUUGAGAAACAGAAACAGAUUGGUGACAACAAGGGCCCUUCCCCUUCAAAUGCACCUUCUGCUGCAGUGUUGGACACGACGCUGCCUUCUUCUCCGGUGGACAAUUUAAAAACUUCAAAAGAUGAAUGCGAUAAAUCAGGAUGUAACGCUGAUAUUCCUAAAGACAUACCCGGAGAAAGUUCCCAUGAUGUAAGCAGAAAGCAAAUGGCAGAUGAAGCUGAAGUUACCAAUGAACAUGAGAGGGUAGAUGAUCAGUUUUCUGACGUACCUCCAACAAAACGAGCGAAGAUUCAAUGAUGGCAUCUAGAGACAACAUGCUCGAAUAUCUCCUUCUGCUUAUCAUAAUGAUAUAAUCAACUUUAACAGUAGCCAGCAAUGACUUAAACUUCAUUUUUUGGGAUGAAAUAAAUUUCACUCCCUAGAUUUGUUUUAUAUUCUUGGACAUGUUUUAGACCCCAUGGAACUUGUAGAUAUAGUAUUGGAUCCAUGAAUGUUUCAACUAAUGUGGUAUUUACGUUUUAUAAGGUUAUUUUUCUGACAAGCAUGCUUGAGGGUUUCGUUUUA